AUGGGUGACAGCGAACAGCCAUUCACACUCUCGGUCUCCGAUGCUGAACUCGAGGCACUGCAGAGAAAGCUUGAGCUUGCGCGGCUGCCGGAUGAGGUCGACGGGGCUGGCUGGGACUACGGCGUACCCCUGGCAGACGUGAAGCGCCUUCUCGCUCGCUGGCAAAAUGGUUUCGACUGGCGCGCGGCGGAAGCUACGGUCAACAAACUACCGCAAUUUACCAGACAGGUUGAAGUGGAAGGCUUCGGAGAGCUCAACAUUCAUUAUGUACAUCAAAAGAGCACGGUGAAGAAUGCCAUCCCUCUGCUCUUCGUCCACGGAUGGCCGGGGCACUUCCUCGAGGUUGAGAAACUCUUGCCUUUGCUCACGGCCGCCUCGCCGGACCACCCUAGUUUUCACGUCGUUGCACUCAGCCUUCCGUGCUUUGGAUUCUCGGAUGCACCAGCCAAACCUGGCUUCAAUGGCGCGAAGUAUGUAGAAACCUGCAACAACUUGAUGCUCGCUCUGGGCUACAACGAGUACGUGGUACAAGGAGGCGACUGGGGCUCCUUCAUUGCCCGUAGGCUUGCAUCCACGUAUGGAAACCAAAGUGUGAAGGCAUUCCACACAAAUUUUCCCAACGUCCAGGUGCCCCCUUCGCUGUGGAAGAACCCCCAGCAGUUCUUCGCGCACGCUGUCACGCCGUAUACCGCCGCUGAGCGUGCUGGCAUCGAGCGCACGCAGUGGUUCCUCACGAAGGGCUGCGGGUACUCCCAUGAGCAGAAGACGCAGCCGCAGACGCUCGGGUACGCACUCGCGGACUCACCGGUCGCGUUGCUGGCAUGGAUAUACGAGAAGCUCGUGCAGUGGACUGACGGGUACCCCUGGGAGGACGACGAAGUGCUGACGUGGAUCUCCGUCUACUGGUUUUCCAAGCCUGGUCCCGCCGCCUCUGUGCGGAUCUAUUAUGAGACCGUCGUUAGUAACGAGCACCCCAAAAUCCCUACGAGCACGAUCCCUUGCGGACUGUCCUUCUUCCCUAAAGAGAUAAUAGUUCCGCCGAAGACGUGGGCUCGCACGAUAGGCAACGUCGUAUUUGAGUCGGAGCAUCAGAGCGGAGGGCACUUCGCCGCUCAUGAGAAGCCUGAGGAACUUGCGGCUGAUGUUCGUGCGAUGUUUGGCAAGGGCGGGCCCGCGUUUGGGGUAGUAAGCGGCAGGGUAGGAUAUGACUGA